ACGGUUUUAUGAACCUGUCUGGGUCUUAUGUGUUUUCCUUUUUCUCUUAGCUUCUUUUAUCUUGUCUCUCCCUUCCCCGUGUCUUCCUUCCUUCCUUCCUUUUCAUGUUUGGUUAUUUAUUAAUGUUUUUUUUCCUCUUUCUCUUUCUGCCUCCUCUGUCAUUUUCUCUUUCACUCUGUCGCUCGGUAUCUGGUGCGCAGGAGGAUUAGAAUUGCACUGGGGGUUGGCUGCAUUGGCUAGAGCCUAAAAAAAAAAAAAAAAAACCUUGGUUUUAGCAGGCUGCCAUGCGGCAUGAAUGGACAGAGAGGGGGAGAGAGGUAGAAGGAGAGCUCACGGCACGGCUUUGUUCUCAUUAUUCGACAGCGGCGAGCCCCAGCGCUGCCUCUCAGAGGUUCACUAAGUGACGCUUUUACGAUCACGCACGCGACGAGAGCAGAUCAUCAUCAUGCCCUCUAGGCGGACCGGAUUACUGCAACGCCGGCGGCUUUAGCAUAGAGAAAUCCCCAAGCCGUUAGCAUGUGCAUCGGAUGGAGAUGACGGCAGGACUGUAGUGGAUAAAACUCAGGAUAAUAAAGGAUAGUUCCCUCCGCAUGCUGGACUAACCUAAAUUUAUUAGGGGAUUUAUUUAUUUAUUCAUAUGAUCGUGGACGCCAAGGUGGACGAGGACAGGAGUGGGGGGGUCGUGUUUUUCCUGAAGCACCUAUGAGGUCGGAGCGAAUGAGUCGCGUGUGUAUCGUCGUCCUAGAGGAGGUAGAGGACGACGAGCCCUCCCCUCUGCUUUCCAAAACGCCGCAGGACAACGUUUCACAGGAUUCAGCUCCCGAAUCCGACGAUCAGGAAGACAAGCCCUCAUUGUUGAAAGCCAUCUUUAAUGUGGAUCCGGAUGAAGUUCGGGCCCUGAUCUUCAAAAAGGAAGAUGUCAACGUCCAGGACAAUGAGAAGAGGACUCCCCUCCACGCUGCAGCCUACUUGGGUGACGCUGAGAUCAUCGAGCUUCUCAUUCUGUCAGGAGCUAGAGUAAAUGCCAAAGAUAAUAAGUGGCUGACCCCUCUUCACCGUGCUGUUGCCUCCUGCAGUGAGGAAGCAGUUCAGGUGCUGCUGAAACACUCGGCAGAUGUGAAUGCUCGGGAUAAGAACUGGCAGACUCCACUGCACGUGGCAGCGUCUAACAAAGCGGUGCGCUGCGCUGAGGCUCUCGUCCCCCUGCUCAGCAACGUGAACGUAUCGGACCGCGCGGGACGCACCGCCCUGCACCAUGCUGCCUUCGGCGGACACCUCGAGAUGGUGAAGCUUCUGCUGUCCAGAGGAGCCAACAUCAAUGCAUUUGAUAAGAAGGACAGGAGAGCAAUACACUGGGCUGCGUAUAUGGGUCAUAUGGAGGUGGUGCGCUUGUUGGUGUCUCAUGGUGCUGAGGUGGUGUGUAAGGAUAAGAAGGGCUACACACCGCUCCAUGCCGCAGCUUCUAGUGGGAUGAUCGGGGUGGUGAAAUACCUGAUGGAUCUAGGCGUCGAGAUCAAUGAACCCAAUGCAUACGGAAACACUCCGCUGCACGUGGCAUGCUACAACGGUCAGGAUGUGGUGGUGAACGAGUUAAUAGAAUCAGGUGCUAACGUCAACCAGGUGAACGAGAAGGGCUUUGCACCACUGCACUUUACUGCUGCCUCCCGCCAGGGAGCGCUGUGCCUGGAACUGCUAGUGGGUAAUGGAGCAGAUGUCAACAUCAAGAGCAACGACGGGAAGACGCCCCUUCACAUGGCUGCUAUACAUGGCCGGUUCUCCAGGUCUCAGGCCGUCAUUCAAAGCGGAGCUGAGAUUGACUCUGAAGAUAAGAAUGGAAACUCGCCUCUGCACAUAGCAGCCCGAUACGGCCACGAGCUCCUCAUCAACACCCUCAUCAGCAAUGGCGCUGAUGUAGCCAAGCGAGGCGUCCAUGGCAUGUUUCCUCUUCACCUGGCUGCACUUAGUGGAUUCUCGGACUGCUGCAGGAAACUUCUCUCCUCUGGUUUUGACGUUGAUUCGCCCGACGACUUUGGCAGGACGUGUUUACACGCGGCCGCAGCAGGAGGGAAUCUCGACUGUUUAAAUCUGCUGCUCAACACUGGAGCCGACUUUAACAGGAAGGACAAAUUCGGAAGGACGCCCCUGCACUACGCUGCAGCUAACUGUAAUUAUCAGUGUCUGUUUGCACUCGUGGGCUCUGGGGCCAGCGUGAAUGACACGGACAUGAGAGGCUGCAGCCCCCUGCACUACACUGCUGCCUCAGACACCGACGCCAAGUGCUUGGAAUAUUUAUUGCGUAACGAUGCCAAUCCUGGGAUCAGAGACAAACAGGGUUAUAACGCAGUGCACUACGCCUCCGCCUACGGUCACCGCCUCUGCCUCGAACUGAUUGCCAGUGAAACACCACUGGAUGUUCUUAUGGAGACAUCUGGGACGGACAUCCUGAAUGACACAGACAGCCAAACUCCCAUCAGCCCUUUGCACUUAGCAGCGUACCACGGUCACCACCAUGCUCUGGAGGUGCUGGUUCAGUCCCUGUUGGACCUGGAUGUGCGGACGGCACAGGGACACACGCCGCUAGACUUGGCUGCCUUUAAAGGCCAUGUGGAGUGUGUGGAUGUGCUCAUUAACCAGGGAGCCUCCAUCCUGCUUAAGGACUACACACACAAACGGACACCCAUUCACGCUGCAGCCAUGAACGGUCAUUCAGAAUGUCUCCGCCUCCUCAUCAGCAACGCUGGCCCGCCCUCAGCCGUCGAUGUCCACGACGGGAACGGACAAACUCCUCUGAUGCUCUCGGUGCUGAAUGGACAUACAGAGUGUGUCUACUUCCUGAUCAGCAAAGGAGCCGACGUCGGAGCCAGAGACAAGUGGGGCAGGACAGCUCUUCACCGCGGGGCGGUGACUGGGCAUGAGGCGUGUGUGGAGGCACUGCUGCAGCAUGGGGCGAGUGUGUGUGUGCGGGACAGCAGAGGGCGCACAGCCAUGCACCUAGCAGCAGCAUGCGGGCACAUCGGGGUGCUGGGGUCUCUGCUGCAGGCCGCACACACCCAGAAGAGGGGGCCGGUCAUCAUGGACAGCUGUGGAUACACCCCGCUUCACUGGGCCUGCUACAACGGUCAUGAUACGUGUGUGGAGGCUCUGUUGGAGCAGGAGGCGUUUCAUAGGAUGGAGGGCAACUCCUUUAGUCCCCUUCACUGUGCUGUCAUCAGUGAUAAUGAAGGCUCAGCUGAGCUGCUGAUUGACACACUGGGUCCUGCCAUCGUUAACGCUACAGACUCCAAAUCCAGGACGCCUCUGCACGCUGCGGCCUACACGGACCACGUGGAAUGUCUCCAGCUGCUGCUCGGGCACAAUGCCCAGGUGAACGCCAUCGACGCUCUGGGCAAAACACCUCUCAUGAUGGCGGCCGAGAACGGCCAGACGAACGCCGUUGAGGUGCUUGUGAGUAAAGCGAAAGCAGACCUCACGCUCCAGGACGCAAAUAAGAACACGGCCCUACAUUUAGCCUGCAGCAAGGGACAUGAAACUAGUGCCUUGUUAAUUCUGGAAAAAGUCACUGACAGGAACCUUAUCAACGCCACAAACACAGCUCUACAGACGCCGCUACAUGUCGCUGCCCGUAAUGGACUUGCAGUUGUAGUGCAGGAGCUGCUGGGCAAAGGAGCGAGUGUCCUAGCUGUGGAUGAAAACGGUUACACUCCUGCUUUAGCAUGCGCCCCGAACAAAGACGUAGCCGACUGCCUGGCGCUGAUCCUGGCGACCAUGAUGCCCGUGUCCCCAGCUAGUACCGGCACCAUAACGGGCCUCACAUUUAGCGCCAUAAACCACUACUGUAGCCCUUCCAAAGCUGUGACCUUUGACCCUUUACCUGGUCUACGCUCCGGGCAUCCACCCUACUGCAGUUUUAACAGCCUGGGCCGCGAAGACGGCCUCAUUGUUCACGAUGAAGAAUUUAACGACUCCGAUUCAGAGACUUACUGAGGAUUCGAGUUCGUCUCAGUGUGCCGAGGAGUGUCCGUUACCGAGUGCCUGGAGAUCGCUGAAGAUGUUUUAACGCUGUGUUGCUGAAUCACACUAAAGUGGACUUUGUACUGUGUCUUUUCUAUGGAAUGAGAAACGUGACACAAUUAUCUCAAUUUUAGAAUCUAAUUUUGAUUAAUAGUACUCAGGUUUAGGAAAUCUGGUUGAAACUCUGAUUAAAAUUUCGCAUGUCUUCCAAACACUAUUAGAAAUCAGAAUUUGAACACAAAGAUCUGAGUUGAAACUUGUGUGUCGUUGUUUAGAAAUUGGCUCACAGCACCAGAAGGGAAAUCUUUUUAGAAAAUCUAAAACUGAAUGUGUCAUAUUCAAGGCUGAACGUGUGUAUUCAAAAUGAAGUGUGCAUGUAAUUGAUCAUCACGCAACAUUUAUUAUUGCAGUAUGUUCAGUUCAGCCCUCAAUGUGAAAUUCAUUUGUAGAUUUUAGAUCUUUUGCAAGCUAUGAAAUUGAGUUUUGACAUUUAAAUUCAGAUUAAUUCAUUUAAAUGUCAUGUUUUAAUUAAAACUUCACACUACUAUGUACUACUAAUACUACACAUUGGGCGCAAAUCAUGCCAAUCAAACCUGUGCCUUUCCUUAUCCUCUGGAUCCUCUAGUAUUUUUUUGAGAUGAUUAGAAUCAGAUUGUACCACCAGCUAUUGAACUUAAAAGUUCUACACCUAAAAUUUUUAAUUUAAGCCGUAGAUUUACGUAACAGAAACGACACAAGUUCACUUAUAAUCAGCUUAGAAGAAUUAACAGAUUUGUACUGGCACCUUUCUCGUUCCAUAACCUUUCAAGCUAUAGCUCAACUGGGAAUAAUGGAGUCUACCGCUUUUGUCAGGUGUCACUUCAGCUUUCCUUUCUUAUGCAUCUCAGGACAUCAGAGUUCAGAGACAUGUGAGCAGGAGAGAACGAGAAGAAAGAAAUCAAGAUGCGGUUGAUGAUCUACAAUACAUUAUGAUUCAGUGUUUGUUCACACACUCGCCGUGGGUUUGGUUACUCGUCUCAAUAUUCGUUCUGAUUUCCCAAGGAACAGGAACCGUAACCCCAGACACACCAGUAACAACUACUGUUGGAGUUUCUCGACACAUCCGCUGUGGGAGUGAGGGAAGAAAUCAUGAACUUGCAACUAAGGGACCAAGCUGCCCUUUUUAAAGCAUGGAUUAGGUUUUUUUUUUUAAGCUGUGGUUAAUUUAUUAUUAAGUAAGAUUAACCAAGACGCGAACAAAAACUGCAGUGAAUGUUAAAUGCAAAUCUCCAGGCCAUGUCACUGCAAAGUGACUGAUUAAUGGAAGAAAAAGAACGAUGGAUUAAAAGGGCAUUUUGAUUCAUUUCUUACCCAUGAGUUUAAAACCAGCCGUCGAGAUUGACAGGAUUUAUACACAACUCAGUGCUGGUUCUAACUGAAUUGCAAACUUUGUUAUAGAGAUGUGUGUGUGUACCUGUGUUUAUUUGUGUGCUUGUGUGUGAGAGUGAUUGUAUGUGAUUUAAAACAAAAAAAAAAAACGGUUACCUUUUAUAAUGGGUAAGUCUGACCACUCCGUGCGUUGCUCAAAUGAUUACUAAUAAAUCUUGAAUAUUUUUGUCACACCACAGUAAGGUCAGUUCUAUAAUAAGGGCUGAUUCGAUUAUUUAAAUUAAAGAGUGCUGAAACCCAUUUUACAUGUGAUUCCUAUUAGCCGAUUCAGUGCAGUGCCUCAAGAUGCGCACAAUAAACUGUGUAUUUACUCAAUGAAAAAAUUCUCCUUAUCUGGUCUAAAGAGAAAAAUCCUGUAAAAAAAAUUAUAUAUAUACUGUUUAUUUCUAGUUAGAUCAUGAAAAUUAGAUUUUACGCCCAGCAUAACAAUUUGAGCUCUGUGGAGUGCUGGAAUUUUCCAGAUUAUUUGGUUACAGCAAAAGUUUAUUAUAAAAAACUAUUGAAAAUGGUUUUCAAACCAGCAACGGGAAAAAUUGGAGAGGGACAGUUUAUUCAUUUCACUGCUUUUUAAUAAACAUAGUGCAACUUUAAAUUCUA